CGCCAUACUUAAACAGGCUCGUGGACUCCGACCGGCGCAUAGUUCUCUCAGUGACUAUACGAGUUGGUGUGGCAAGUGGUUUCCUUCGUUUAGCGUCUGUUUGACCGCUCGGACCUAAGCCAAGAUGACAAACGGUCACAUCGAAAUCUACGACCCCAUUCCCCGCCCUGCUGGCCGCUCCACUGGUACAUACAACGACCCCGAGUCUACCCCAGACGUGGCGAACAUGGAGGACACAGUGGAGUUCAGAGUCUUAAUGGCCUACACGACGAGGAGACGACCAAACACACAGAGGAGCCUGGUCAGGGAAAGUGGUGGGGAUGACUCAGAUGGACAUGUUAAAACUCCACUAAAGACACCAACACAGACUGAGAACAAGCUCACAGAAAAGAAAAACAGAAAGAAGGGGAGGAGAUUGAAACGCAUGUUGAGCAUUUUCAGCUGCACCAGGCCUCAGACGAAGAAUGAAGAAGACGACGAGGAGCAGCAGCAGCAGCAGAAACCGAUGGAGCCUGCUGAUGAAGUCUCAUUCAGAUGUUUCCCUGCUACAGAUGAGCCUGAAAAGAAGGACGAGGACGAGAAGGUGAGAGAGGUAGCGAGCAGACUGAUGGAGCUUGCUGAUGAAAUCCAGUUAAUUCCUCCAGAAAUAGAGACUGAUUGUGGCAAUGAGGUGGAGAAGAUAAUUGGUCUGCUGCUGAGAGAAACUGGAGACAAAUAUGACGGCAAGGUGCUGAAAGAUGCCAACAUAGCAGCAGAGCUCUUCUGGAAUUACGAUUUCUUUAGUGAGUUAAUAAACACCUUCCUGCUACGAGUGGGCCUCAGGAGCCCCUCGCCCAACUCUCCAGGGCCGCAGGCGUCUCAAAAAACCCAGAUGGCUGUGAUGUGUGAGGUCACCACUCGUCUGUCAGCUGUGGAAACGUUGCCCACAAACCGCCUGCUGAACCAUGGCGCUCGAUACAUGCAGGAUAACUUUUCAUCCUGGGUGCAGGACCAAGGAGGAUAUGAUGCAGCGUUUGAUGAGACUGAGGAAGUCGACUGAAAGCAGAAGGGACGUGGUUUACAAGCUCCACAGCUCCCCCUGUUGGCCAAAACCUGCACGGACUGUAGCUUCAGGAGCUACUAACAUUAACAAUGAACUCUAAUAGCACAACAGGACAUCUUGGAACUGUACAGAGAAUAAAAAUGAGUUUACAGACUGCAAAA